AUGAUUGUGUUUAAGGACAUGAUUACUGAGGAUGAAAUGUUCACAGACUCUCACUGUCCUCGUGUCGUCGCGGAUUUCUUUUAUGAAGUAGAAUCGAGGUUUACGACAGCUUCAAGUAAGGUGGAUGGGAGACUUAUUGGCGCCAACCCUUCUGGUGAGGGUGAAGACGAUGAAGAUGUGGAUGAUACGAGUAAAAGGGUCAUUGAUUUAGUUCACGCUAAUGGUUUCAUAAGUGUUCCUUACGACCUAAAAUCAUACAAGGCUCAACUUAAAUCGUAUUUAAAAGCUAUAAAACAACGUUUGCAAGAGACUGAUCCAGACAAGCUACCCUUACUUGAAAGUCAGGUCAACAAGUACAUGAAAGAUGUCUUCGCAAACUUUGACCAAUAUGAAUGUUUCACGGGGCCGUCAACUAAUCCUGAAGCCAUGGUAGUUUUGAUGAACUUCCGUGAGGAUGGUAUGACACCAUACUUCGUUUUCUUCAAGGAUGGAUUGAUUCACGAAAAAUAUUGA